CUAGGACUCACAUGGAAAAAACCGCUCGCUCCACGGUGGCGUGUAGCACACGCGCCCGUUCCACGACUCGGAAGUCGGAGCAUGGCCUCGUCCGCCCGGACCACACCACCGGCGGUUGGUCACAAACGAGGCAACCGGCUGCACCGCCUCGUGACGAUCAGUCGCACCACGAAACCACCCACCCCGGUCCGCCUCCGAAAAUAACGACCCCGAUUCCGGCUCGGCCAUUCCGAACGCCAGACCCGUUCCUUUUUAUUUAAAUCCCAUCUCGGAGCGAAUUUUCCUUUCGUUCGACGCGGAUGCCAUCUUCUUUUUAGCCCCCUCCCGUCACCACCACCACAGGUCCACAGCCGCGCUGAUUGGAAAAGGGGUUUCGCUCUUCCGGAGAAGGCAAGGCGUUUGCGGUUUGCCCGCCGCCGUGAAUCGUAUGUGAUCGAAUCGCGCGGCGGGUGAUGGCGGAGGAACCGGUGGUCGGUUAUGAUGGCUUCGAGGCCGCCGGUGAUGCUGGCGCCGGUGGCGCGGAGGACAACCUGUCGAUGUCCCUCGGCGACUUCAUGGCGUUCCUCGAAACUGAGCCCACGUCACCCGAGGAAGGCUGGAAGGAGGAGCAGCAGAUGCAGCCUGCGGUCAAUCAAGGUUGUUUAGAGAUGCCUGCCAACACUGAUUGUUCUGAAGAUUUAUUCCAAAGCCAUGAAGAAAUGCUUGAGAACGCAGAAUUUUGGUCAAAGUCAAACUACUCCCCUGUGGAGCAUCUGGAGUGCCAUAUGGAAGUUAACAUGGAGCUGAACGAAGGAGAACAAAUGAUUGAUCACACAGAAGCUAGCCGAUAUGAAUUGUUUAGCAACGAUCUGCAGAGCCAAUCAAGAACUUCCAACUUGGACAAUGAACAUUUUCCAAGGGAUGCAUCAAACCACGCUAAUGUUGAAGCAACUGGACCUCCAUAUGAUCUCUCAAAUGGUGGUAUAUCCACAGAGCACUCAGAUUGGAGUGAAAUUAAAUGGGGGAGUACAGAUGAGAUGCUUGGUAAUACUGGUCAGGAUGAUGACCAUUUCACUCCGAUGGGCAUGUUUUGUCUUACCAAUAACACAGAUAUUCUUGAUCUUUCUUGCAUUGAGUCCAACAUGGGUGAGAGAACGGAAAGCAUUCGCAAUGGCAACAGUAGUUGCCUUACUAUGCAGGAAGAACAUUUACAGGCAGAAUGUGGAGGAUAUCCUCAUCCAGAUUAUAUAUCUGUUGAUAUGAUUGAUGAAAGAUCACUGCAUGAUUUGCCACAUGGGUUAUCACAAAACAAUGAGCAGUAUGAGAUGGAGCAGCUCCCACAGAAUAUAUGUGAAAGUGGUUCUAUGCAGAUGGCCUCUCCGGACCAAUAUUGUUCCUCUCCGGACCAAUAUUGUGAUGAUACAUCUUUAUCAGAUUUUUACAUGGAUGUAUCCUCCCCAGAGUCAAUAUCCUGUGAGCAGAACCAGCCUGAAGAUAUUUUUUUCAAGAGCGAGUCUAGCACUGACUCUUCUCCAGUACCCUCUAGCAGAAAUUCCACCACAGAGGAUGCUGAUAAAUACUUAGGUCAACCAUCAAAACAGUUGCUGGACUCCAAAAUCGUUCCUUUCAGCAACCAACACACGUUUAAGAACAUGGAAUAUCAAAAACCUCUGGUAUUGGAUAAACAAUAUGCAUAUAGAAGCAACAACUCUUCUAUUCACAAUUCAACAAAAGGUUGCUUCAGUAGAGAUGGGGACAUGGUUUCUGAUUUAUGUGUGCUAGAGGGUAAUAGGAAUCCUGCUCCUGCUCACCUAUGGCCUUAUCAGGGGAAGUUCCAUCAUAAUUUUCAGCAACCUGUGUAUGGUAAUUCCAUCAUUCCUGCAUUUGGUGGUACGAGAUACAAACCACACGAUGAAAGAACCACUCUGCGCCUUGCAUUGCAGGAUAUUUCACAGCCAAAUUCUGAGGCUAAUCCACCUGAUGGGGUUUUAGCGGUUCCUUUAUUGAGGCAUCAGAAAAUUGCCUUGUCAUGGAUGGUGAAAAAGGAGACUAGUAUCUCGCUUUGCUAUGGUGGAAUUCUUGCAGAUGAUCAGGGCCUUGGUAAAACUGUAUCAGCCAUAUCACUGAUUCUUACUGAGCGCCCACCAGUUCCACAGUCAUCUACUAAGAACGAGCCAUGUGAAGCUGUAACUCUAGAUGAAGACGAUGACUGUAUUGGACCUCAUUCGGAAAAGCUGAUGCGGACAUGUAGCUCUCAAGUGACAAGUAACACAGUGAAGCAAGAAAAUCCUAUUGUAGCGGUUAAGGCAAGGCCAGCUGCUGGUACUUUGGUUGUUUGCCCAACAAGUGUUUUGCGACAGUGGGCAGGAGAACUGAAGAACAAAGUUACAAGUAAAGCUAAUUUAUCUUUUCUGAUAUAUCAUGGUAGCAAUCGCACCAAGGAUCCUAACGAACUUACCAAAUAUGAUGUUGUGCUUACUACAUAUUCUAUAGUAAGCAUGGAAGUACCAAAACAAUCAAAUCCUGAUAGUGAUGGAGAAGAGAAAGGGAAGCCUGACCCGUAUGGUGCACCUGUGUCCUCUUCAGGGAGCAAAAAGAGAAAGGCAUCCUCUUCUAAGAAAACAAAAAAUAAAAGUGUUGCAGAGAGUUGCUUGCCUGAAAAACCUCUUGCGAAAGUUGCUUGGUUUAGGGUUAUUCUUGAUGAAGCACAAAGCAUUAAGAACUACCGAACUCAGGUUGCCAGGGCUUGCUGGGGUUUGCGAGCCAAAAGAAGAUGGUGUUUGUCUGGGACACCUAUACAGAAUGCUGUUGAGGAUCUCUAUAGCUACUUCAGAUUUCUCAGAUACAAUCCUUACGCUGUAUAUAAGCAGUUUUGCACUCUGAUAAAGAUUCCAAUCAGUAGGAACCCAAAUAACGGUUACAAGAAGCUUCAAGCUGUUUUAAAGCCGGUAAUGCUACGCCGGACUAAAGCAACCAUGCUUGAUGGGGAACCGAUCAUAUCCUUACCACCCAAGACUGUUUCACUUAAGACGGUGGACUUCACUAGCGAGGAGCGUGGUUUUUAUAACACUUUAGAAGUUGAAUCACGAGAACAGUUCAAGGAAUAUGCAGCUGCUGGUACUGUAAAGCAAAAUUAUGUCAACAUUCUAUUGAUGCUUUUGCGGCUAAGACAGGCAUGCGAUCACCCUCACCUAGUUAGAGGCUAUGACUCCUGUUCUAGUUGGAUGUCUUCGUUGGAGAUGGUGAAGAAACUUCCCAUGGAACGGCAGCACAAAUUACUUAUUUGCUUGCAAUCUUGUUCUGCGUUUUGUGCUCUAUGCAAUGAUGCGCCAGAAGAUCCUGUUGUCACUCUAUGUGGUCAUGUUUUUUGCAACCAGUGCAUACUGGAGCAACUCACUGGUGACGACAGUGUAUGCCCAGUGUCUAAUUGCAGAGUCCGACUAAACACAUCCUCACUCUUCUCCAGAGGCACUCUUGAAUGCUCUCUGAGUAAAUUAGCCUCUGAUUUCAAGUCUGAUGAUACAUGUAUGGAAAUGAUACAUGCUGAAAAGCGCCCUGGGAUGGAUUCAUCCUACGCAUCUUCAAAAUUGAGAGCUGCAUUAGAUAUUCUUCUCUCAUUGCCUAAAAUAGAUCCCACUAUUGAUAGCAAAUGUUCAAUCGGGAUUGAAUCUGAGAAGUUUGAUGGAAAGGGUAUUUCAGAACAAACUGACACCAAGUUGACAGAGAAGGCCAUUGUUUUCUCUCAAUGGACUAGAAUGCUAGACUUGCUUGAAGUCCAUUUGAAAGCUUCUCAUGUGACAUAUCGAAGGCUUGAUGGAACAAUGUCUGUUGCUGCACGGGAUAAAGCUGUGAACGACUUCAAUAUGGUUCCAGAGGUUACUGUUAUGAUCAUGUCACUCAAAGCUGCAAGUCUUGGCUUGAAUAUGGUUGCUGCCUGCCACGUACUUAUGCUAGAUCUUUGGUGGAACCCAACCACCGAGGACCAAGCUGUGGAUAGGGCACACCGUAUUGGUCAAAAACGGCCUGUCACGGUAUCAAGAUUAACUAUAAAAGACACCGUGGAAGAUCGUAUUCUUGCUCUCCAGGAGAAAAAGCGGGAGAUGGUUGCUUCUGCGUUUGGAGAAGACAAAUCUGGUUCCCGACAGACUCGAUUGACCGUUGAAGACCUGAAUUAUCUGUUUAUGGUGUAGAAUCGCUCCUGAGAGUGAACAGUUUUGCUCAUUGGAUUGGUGUUAGACGUGGUAGAUAAAAAUGUUCUCUGAAAAAAUAACAAAAUGCUUUCAUUUAGGGAUUAUUAGUUCUUGUAGCUUGUACAGUUGCAGAGAUUUAGGGGUUGCUAGCGACGUGUCUUCCAAUUCUUUUUGCACGGGAAGCAGUAAGAUGCUGAACUAGGUGAAUUCUUCAGAUAGCUGCUAUAGUGCCUGUUAACUUGGGGGGUGUUUUCUAUGUACUAAUUUCUAGUUCCUCCAUUUUAUUUUCUUUUACUUCCUAAAUUGUCAAACACAGAUACUAAAAUAGAGAUAAUCUCUCUUUUAGUCUAUGUGUUUAGCAAUUUAGGGGCUAAAAGGGACUAAAAUAGAGAGACUAAAGACACCCCUUAAUGUAAUGAAGAUAACGACAAUGAAGCUCAGAUGAUAUAUAUGUACAUAUUCUUCUCGUAUCCGAUAAA